AUGAGACUAAAGCUAAAGUUGAAAUAUUACAAAAUUUGGGACUUUCACGUAUACCAAUAUCAAGAAGUUAAAGGUAGUUUAGUUAUAAGUGAAACUAUUAAGAUUCUUUAUAAUUCAGAUAAAGAUUCAGAGGUUAUGAGAAGAGCAAACCAAGCUUCUGCAUUGCAAAAACUAGAUGAUUUACCUAUUUUAACUCAAGCUAGUAUCUCCUUUGAAAUUCCUAAUCAUUUUGAUGUUAUUAUAAGAAUUAGUAAUAUUAAAACAAAACCAAAUCGUAAUUUUAUUCGUGCUGAACUUUCUGCUUUAAGGCCUAUUUAUUUACCGACAGCAGUAAAAAGAUAUCAGAAAUGUGAUAAAAUUGCUGAUUAUUAUGCUAUUAAUGCAUCUUCAGCAGUUGAAACAUAUAUUGAGGCUAAAUAUCAAAGACAUUUAUCAGCUAAGUACUUUUCCAAAAUUCUUUGCAGUCUUGUUUCUAGUACAGAAGCUUCACUUAAGAUUAUUUCUGCAGAAGAUACCAUAGCUAAUAGGAAAAUAGUUUCUAAUAUUAUUAAGGCAGUUAAAGAAAAUAUUAAAGACUCUGAUGUAGAAUUAAUAGCCAAUAUACCUGAUAUCACUUUGGAUAAUGCUGAAAUUCUUAAACAAAUUUUCACAUACUCAUUCAAUAAUAAUAUAAUAUUACAACAAUAUUAUUUGUGGAGAAGCUUUCUUUGA